GUUGACAAUACAACUCCAGGCAUUGUUGAAGGCCUUGGUGUCAUAGCCCUCGAUGACCUCUAUGAAGAUCAAGUCGUUGCUAUCAUACCAAGAUCAUGUUUAUUAUCAAGACAUACUACGUCAAUAGCUACACACUUGAGAAAGUAUAAGAUAAAGGGUGCCACAGCAACUUCUAUUGCGUUGAUUUAUGAAGCUGCACUGGGGCCUGCAUCAAAGUGGCAUGGAUAUAUCAAGUCUUUACCAUUGACAGUUGAUCUACCUAUUUUAUGGGAUGACGAGUCACUUGCCUUGCUAAAGGGUACUUCGAUAGAGUCGGUCGUUUAUGAGAAUAGGGACACAUUGGAAGAGACAUUCAAGAAGCAUGUCGCUGGUCAACUCACUGCCAAUCAUCCAGACCUCUUCCCAGCGGCAGUCUUUACACUGGAGAAUUUCAAGAGGGCGAGCUGUCUAGUUUCAUCGCGUGCCUUCAACAUUGAUGACUAUCAUGGCGAUGCGAUGGUGCCCCUCGCCGACAUGGUCAAGAAUGACAAGGAAUCAUUGCUGGUGUCAGUUGUUCGCCCUGUAAAGAAGGGCGGCGAAGUAUUCAAUACCUAUGGCGAUCAUGACAACUCGUUGUUGUUGAGCAAGUAUGGAUUCCUCGAGCUGGACAAUCCUUGUGACUUUGUCCGCAUUGAACCAGACCUUGUGGACAAGGUGCUGAGCAGUCGGUGCGGCAUAUCCGAGGCGGUGAUUCAGAAGCGAAUGGCAUUCUACUGUGAGAUGUUUGACGAGGAUACACGCGAGUGUCACGCUGUAGAGCCGAAUGGUACAUGCGACGAAACUCUGAUGUGCGCAGUAUUCAUCGCACUUGCCACAAAGGAGCAGAUGUUGGCGUGGACAAAGAUGAAGCGAUCCAAGCUGGACACAUACUUUGAGCAACUGGACAAGGAUGGAAUGAUCAAGGCCAAUGACAAGGUUGCACCGGCACUCAUGGCCAUUAUUGAAGAACGUUUGAAAUGUCAUGGAGACAAUUUCAACUCUAAUGAUCACUCAACAUCCAUGUCAAUUCUUCAACAACAAAUCGAUCAACUACCAAACAUACCAAAUUCCAGACACAGAAAUGCUCGAUCACUUCAACUAUGUGAACAAAACAUCUUAUACAAAGCUCACAAUCAACUCAAA